UCAUGUCGGUCGAUGAGAAUAAGAUCGCCAUACAACACGUCGAGGAUUUCGACAAAGUGCAAGAUGCUCAACACACUUUUGAGGAUCUUCCUGAAUCACUCUGCGAACUCAACCAGCAGGAGCUAGCCACACUCGGGAAAUGGACGACUCUGAAGCUGGAUUGUAUAAUCAUGCCAGCACUUACAAUUCUCUAUAUCUUGAACUAUCUGGACCGUCAGAAUAUUGCUGCGAGUAAGCUGGCCAACAUCAUGGAGGACUUGAACAUGUCUGUCCAGCAAUACAACACAUGUGUCAGCAUAUUGUUUGUGGGCUACAUACUUAUGCAGGUUCCAUCCAAUCUUGUACUUAGCAAGAUUCGAUGGCCAGCUGUGUGGAUUUGCAGCGCGGUUGCUGCUUGGGGCGCAGUCUCUGCUGCCACAGCGGCGGUAUCAUCGUUCGGUGGCCUUCUGGCCUGCAGAUUCAUGCUGGGAUUCGUCGAGAGUGUUUUCUUUCCAGGAGCGUUCUUCUACCUGUCCAUGUUCUACAGCAGGAAGCAAAGUGAGUUGACUCCUUCUGCUCCCGAAACUCUGAGUAUCGCUGAGCGUUACANNGUUGCCCUUCGUACUGCCAUCCUUUAUUCCGGCUCUCAGCUCGGCAACGCAUUUGGCACAUUGCUAGCCAUCGGGAUUAUGAAACUGGACGGCUAUCAUGGUCUGCAGGGCUGGCGGUGGCUCUUUCUGAUAGAGGGAGUGCUCACCAUAGGUAUUGCACUCAUGAAGAUCUGGACUUUCUCGCAACGGCAAUUAGACUUUCUCAAAUGGAAUUACGAACGUGACCAAAACCAACAAGAUGAGUCCGACGAGGUUACAGCACUGCAAGGCUUCUUACUUGCAGUAAGAGAUCCGAAGACAUGGCUCAUGUGCAGUACCCUAUAUGCCACAUACACGGCCGCCGCAGUGAACAACUUCUUUCCGACGGUCGUUGGUGGUUUAGGUUUUGGCAGGAAUUUAACCUACGCAUUGACGGCACCGCCAUUCAUUCUCUGCGUGGUUGCCAUGCUAUGCAACGGCUUUCAUAGCGACAAGGUUAGUGAACUAUUCAUAACAGGCAGACCCGAUGGC